UUUGUGUGAGCACUGAGAUAGCAGAAGGCAGUAUUUAGGCGGGUCUGCUCAGAACCAGGAUAUAGCUAUUGUUCUUAUUCACACAGAUUUAGGGAAACUAAACCACAUUCUGAACUACAACUAAUCUCACUUUGAGCUGUAAAAUGGCACAGGCUGCAGGUCUUCUGGAUCAGGACCAGUUCAGCUGUUCGAUCUGUCUGGAUCUACUGAAGAAUCCGGUAACUAUUCCCUGUGGACACAGUUACUGUAUGGGCUGUAUUAAGGGCUGCUGGGAUCAGGAUGAUCAUACUGGUGUCUACAGCUGUCCCCAGUGCAGAGAGACCUUCACCCCAAGGCCUGUUUUAAGAAGAAAUGCCAUGCUGGCUGAAGUGGUGGAGAAACUGAAGAAGACAGGACUCCAAGCUGCUCCUCCUGCUCACUGUUACGCUGGACCUGGAGACGUGGCGUGUGAUGUCUGCACUGGGAGAAAGCACAAAGCCGUCAGGUCCUGUCUGGUGUGUCUGGCCUCUUACUGUGAAACUCACAUCCAGCCUCACUAUGAAUUUCCUGCCUUUCAAAAGCACAAACUGGUCAAAGCCACUGGAAACCUGCAGGAGAAGAUCUGCUCUCAUCAUGACAAAGUUCUGGAGAUUUACUGUCGUACAGAUGAGCAGUUUAUCUGUUAUAUGUGUACAAUAGAGGAUCACAGAGGCCACGAAACAGUCUCAGUUGCAACAGCAAGAGCAGAGAAACAGAAGCAGCUGGGGGCGACACAGAGUAAAUUCCAGCAGAGAAUCCAGGAGAGAGAGAAGGAGCUGCGGGAUCUGAGGCAGGCUGUGAAGUCACUCAAGCGCUCUGCACAGGCAGCAGUGGAGGACAGUGAGAGGAUCUUUACUGAGAUGAUCCGCUCCAUUGAGAGAAGGUGCUCUGAGGUGAAAGAGCUGAUCAGAGAUCAGGAGACGGCUGAAGUGAGUCGGGCUGAAGGACUCCUGGAGCGACUGGAGCAGGAGAUUGCUGAGCUGAGGAGGAGAGACGCUGAGCUGGAGCUGCUUUCACACACAGAGGAUCACAUCCAUUUCCUCCAGAGCUCUAAGUCUCUCUGUGCCCCUCCUGGACCUGGAGACUUACCCAGCAUCACUGUCAGUCCACACGUCUCUUUUGAGGCUGUGAGGAAAUGUGUCUCUGAGCUGAAAGAGCGACUGGAGGACGUCUGCAAGGGGGAAAUGUCUAAGAUCUCCAGGGCAGGCAGAGCAGUGGGCAUUCAUGGCUGCUUUACUGAGACACAUGAAGUGGAGACCUGUGCCCACUGCUUGGAGCCCUUUCAGAAUAAGCUGAGGCUGAUGUGUUCUCAUGCCUUCUGUGUAAGCUGCCUGAAGGAAACCGUAUCCUCUCUGGGUCGUCAGUGUCCGGUGUGUCUCAAAGAACUCAAGGUGGGAGUGGGAGACCAGCCAGAGGGACAGAUGACAGUGGAACAUCUGAAAGACUUUUUUGGAACAGAAUGGCACUGUAUUACAUACAAUAUUCCCAGUGGAAUACAGACGGAGGCCCAUCCCAACCCAGGGAAUCCCUUUACUGGACUCCAAACACAGUCCUGGUUACCCAAACAGCAAUACAUAUCCAAUGAUAAGUGGUUGUAUGGUCAUGAGGUGGUGAAGCUGCUGCAAAGAGCCUUUGAGCAGAAGCUGAUUUUUACUGUGGCUGCAACCCAUGGAGCUGCAGACAGAGUCGUCCUCAAUGACAUCCCCCAUGCAAGAAACUUGUUUGAGUGCAAGAAGAAUGGGGGUAAUUUAUUGAACCAGGUGAAGACGGAGCUCAAAUUCAGAGGCAUUGAAUGAUUGGGUGAACAGAGACAGCAGAUCCACCCACUCAGCACAGCGCCACCAAGUGGACAAGAAGAGAAACCCCACCACUUUGCAAAAGAUACCAAGAUGGACACAAGAUAAACAGUGGGCUCAUUCCAGUUGCUUAUGUUUCUCCCUGUUUUUAUUUUCCUCGCUCCUGACCCAGACAUUGAUCGGGUCCGCCAUCUUUACGGAUAAUCUAACCUCUUAAACGUUUCCUUAAACACGAGCUCAUCCUUUUGCGGAAGUAUUUUUUAAAUAUUUUUUAAAUGCUCGAC